AUAUGUUAGUGUGUGUGUGUGAUUGUGUUUUAGUGUUUGUGUAAUUGAAAAUUACAUUUGCAACAUGCAACAUGUUGCAGGCCAGCAUCUGCCACAUAAAUACAAGUGGUGAUCGUCCCUCUCCUCCCACCACUCACUGUUGUAUCUCUGCGUCUCGCUUUAACGCUUGCAAUCUGAAAUCAAAUAACAAGCUUCGAAGAAAUCAAAUUGGAUUAUCGUCAUAAAAGCUUAAGUAUUUAAAGAUGUGCAACAGUUUGCGAUUUACCUCAUACCCCGCCACUGUUGGUAUUAUAGAACCAAUACAGAGAGCAAUCUACUAAGAGACGAAAAAAACGCAGCAAAUUAUUAAUAUUAAGAACGAGAGACUUGAACAAAAGAAGAUUGAAUCUAUAUAGUAGUGCCUAUUGCCGAUUGGCCUGCCCGCUUGUUGUCUUGUUCUUCGUGAUUUCGUCGUGACUGUCACGGACGAGAGAAGCGAAGUAACGAGAACCAAGCCAAAAGCAGCUUCAACACGGACGCAUUUAUGGAUGCGGGCGGCCUGCCAGUGUUUCAGAGCGCCAGCCAAGCAGCAGCCGCCCAACAGCAGCAGCAGCAGCAACAACAACAACAACAAACACAUCCACACUUGAAUCUCCAGUUGCAUCAGCAGCAACAUCAACAGCAUCAACAUUUGGGACUCCAUUUGCAGCAACAUCAGCAGCAGCAGCUGCAAUUACAGCAGCAACAACAACAACAACACUCGCCCUAUAAUGCAACCGGAUCAAUUGUUGGCGGCCUUGUCGCUGGCGGAAACGGAACUGGCGGCGCUCAAGCUCCAGGAACGGGACCAAAUUCUAAUAACGGGAACAACAUCAGCAACAACAACAACAACAACGGCAAUAUCAACAGCAUCAACAACACCAUCAACAACAUCAGCAACAGCCUCAACAACGACAACUCGAACUCUUUACCACCCAAGCGACAACCAAUUGUUGACCGUCUACGACGACGUAUGGAAAACUAUCGGAGACGUCAAACGGAUUGCGUACCACGGUACGAGCAGGCAUUUAACACAGUGUGCGAGCAACAGAAUCAGGAGACAACUGCACUUCAGAAACGUUUUCUCGAAAGUAAAAAUAAGCGGGCGGCCAAAAAGACUGAGAAGAAGCUGCCGGAACCGCCCCAACAGCAACAGCAGACGCAUCAGCAGACCCAAAUGUUAGCCGGCCAGCUGCAGAGCAGUGUCCAUGUGCAACAAAAAUUCUUAAAACGACCAGCGGAGGAUGUUGACAAUGGCGCCGAAAAUUAUGAACCGCCGCAUAAAUUGCCCAAUAAUAACAAUAAUACAAAUAAUAACAACAACAAUAACAAUGGCAACAACACUGGUGGCAACAAUGGUAAUGGCAACAACAACGGUUCUGAGAAUCUAACCAAAUUCUCUGUGGAGAUUGUGCAACAGCUGGAGUUUACCACAUCGGCGGCAAAUUCACAGCCGCAACAGAUUAGUACGAAUGUUACGGUGAAAGCUCUCACCAAUACCUCGGUGAAGAGUGAACCAGGAGUGGGCGGCGGUGGUGGAGGAGGAGGAAACGGCGGCGGCGGCGGAGGAGGCAGCGGUGGUGGUGGUGGAAACAGCGGCAACGAUCACUCACAGCAGCAACAACAAGGCACCGGACUGGGUGGCCUCGGCAAUAAUGGACGAGGAGGAGCGGGUCCUGGGGGUGGCGGCAUGCACGGCGGUGUGCCGGGACCCGGUGGCAUGGGCGGACAUCCUGGAAUGGGUGGCGGCGGCAUGCCAGGCCAACAAGGCCAGCAAGGCAAAUCCGCUUUGGGCAAUUUGGCCAAUUUAGUGGAAUGCAAAAGGGAACCCGAUCAUGAUUUUCCCGAUUUGGCCGGCCUGGACAAAGAUGGUGGCAAUGGACAAUUUCCCGGGUUUCCCGAUCUGCUGGGCGAUGAUAAUUCAGAGAACAAUGACACGUUCAAGGAUCUCAUCAAUAAUCUGCAGGACUUUAAUCCCAGUUUUCUCGAUGGCUUCGAUGAGAAGCCGCUGUUGGAUAUCAAGACAGAAGAUGGGAUCAAAGUGGAGCCGCCGAAUGCUCAGGAUUUGAUCAACAGUCUGAAUGUGAAAUCAGAAGGCGGAUUGGGUCAUGGAUUCGGUGGCUUUGGCAUGGGCGGUGGCAUGGUGGAUGGCAGUGGCCAGCAAGGUGGCAUGAAAAUGCGUGGCGGUGGCGGUGUCGGUGGCAAUGGCUUCCAGAACGGACCAAAUGGACCCAAUACGGGUGGCAAUGGUGGAGCUGGCGUCAUGCAGGAGCACUCUAUGGCUGCCCAGACACUCAAGCAAAUGGCUGAGCAACAUCAGCAUAAGAAUGCUUUGGGUGGCAUGGGUGGCUUUCCAAGGCCGACACCGCACAACAUGCAGCAACAACAUCAGCAGCAGCAACAGCAGCAGCAGCAACAACAACAGCAGCAACCACAUGCUCAGAUGAUGGGCGGUCAGCCAGGAGGAGGACGCUAUAAUGAUUUUGGCGGUGGUUUUCCCAAUGACUUUGGUCUCGGUCCAAACAAUCCCCAACAGCAACAGCAACAGCAGCCCCAACAGCAACACUUGCCACCACAAUUCCAUCAAAAGGGUCCUGGUCCAGGUCCUGUGCCUGGUCCCGGCAUGAAUGUACAGCAGAACUUCCUAGAUAUCAAGCAGGAACUAUUCUAUUCCUCACAAAAUGAUUUCGAUCUCAAGCGUCUGCAGCAACAACAGGCGAUGCAACAGCAGCAACAGCAGCAACAACAACAGCAGCAGCAACAACAUCAUCAACAGCAGCAAGCGAAAAUGGGAGGCGUUCCCAAUUUCUCCAAGCAGCAGCAACAGGUGCCACAGCAGCAACAGCAGCAACAACAACUCCAACAACAGCAACAACAAUACUCGCCAUUCAAUCAAAAUGCCGCCAAUGCUGCUGCCGCCGCAGCCGCUGCCAACUUCCUCAAUUGUCCGCCUCGAGGUGGCAAUGGUCCCAAUGGCAAUCAGCAGCCCGGCGGAAAUCUUCCACAGCAGCAGCAACAACAACAGCCGGGAGGCCCGCAACAACAACAACAGCAGCAGCAGCAACCUCAGCAGCAGCAGCAACAGCGUGGCAAUGGGCAGCAAAAUAAUCCCAAUGCUGGCAAUGCAACAAACUCAACCCAGCAACAACAGCAGCAGCAGCAGCAACAACAACAGGCAACCACAACAACAUUGCAAAUGAAGCAGACACAACAGCUUCAUAUAAGCCAACAGGGUGGCGGAGCUCAUGGCAUACAGGUGUCGGCUGGUCAGCAUCUGCAUCUUAGUAGCGACAUGAAGAGCAAUGUUUCCGUAGCUGCCCAGCAAGGUGUGUUCUUUAGCCAACAACAGGCUCAACAGGCCCAACAGCAGCAGCAGCAGCAAUCGCAACAGCAGCCGGGUGGCGGCAAUAAUGGUCCCAAUCCUCAGCAGCAACAACAACAGCCAGGUGGCAAUGUUGGUGGUCCGAAUACGGGACAGCAACAACAGCAGCAGCAACCAAAUCAAAAUAUGAACAAUUCAAAUGUACCCUCCGAUGGCUUCUCGCUUAAUCAAAGCCAAAGCAUGAAUUUCUCCCAGCAGCAGCAACAGGCGGCAGCGGCAGCAGCAGCAGCAGCGGCCGCCCAACAGCAGCAGCAGCAACAACAACAACAACAACAACAGCAGCAGCAGCAGGUGCCUCCAAAUAUGCGACAGCGUCAGACGCAGGCUCAGGCGGCGGCAGCUGCAGCGGCGGCAGCAGCGGCGCAGGCGCAGGCAGCGGCCAAUGCGAAUGGACCAAAUGGUCCGCUCAUGCAACAAGGCGGUCCUGGUGUAGGAGUUGGUGUCGGCGUUGGUGUGGGCGUGGGCGUGGGCGUCGGAGCUGGUGGAGUUGGCGGUGUCAGCGGCGGAGUGCCCAACAAUGGUGCAAUGAAUCAAUUGGGUGGACCUAUGGGCGGCAUGCCGGGCAUGCAAAUGGGCGGCGGUCCAAUGAAUCCCAUGCAAAUGAAUCCCAAUGCGGGAGCUCCCAAUGCCCAGAUGAUGAUGGGCGGUCCGGGUGGACCCAACCAGGCCAAGUUCUUGCAGCAGCAGCAGAUGAUGCGUGCCCAGGCAAUGCAACAGCAGCAGCAGCAACAGCACAUGACCGGAGCCCGUCCACCGCCGCCGGAGUACAACAAGGCGCAGUUGAUGCAGGCCCAGAUGAUGCAGCAGACGGUGGGCGGAGGCGUUGGCGGAGUCGGUGGCGUCGGAGGCGCCGGAGGGCCCGGCGGCAAUGGUGUCGGCGGUGUGGGUGUAGGCGGCGGUGGUCGGUUCCCCAACAGUGCUGCCCAGGCGGCGGCCAUGCGACGCAUGACGCAACAACCGAUACCACCAUCGGGUCCCAUGAUGCGGCCACAGCAUGCAGCGGCUGCCAUGUAUAUGCAGCAACAUGGCGGAGGCGCUGGUGGCCCAGGACCCCGUGGCGGCAUGGGUCCUUACGGCGGCGGCGGAGGUGGUGGCGGUGCAGGUGUUCCCGGUCCAAUGGGUGGACCACAACAGCGACCGCCGAAUGUCCAAGUAACGCCCGACGGCAUGCCCAUGGGUUCGCAACAGGAAUGGCGUCACAUGAUGAUGACACAACAGCAGCAACAAAUGGGCUUUGGUGGUGGACCAGGAGCCGGUCCAGGCGGACCAAUGCGCCAGGGACCCGGUGGAUUCAAUGGCGGUAACUUUAUGCCCAAUGGUGGAGCACCCAAUGGCGGGGCACCAAAUGGCGGCAAUGGUGGCAUGAUGGCUGGGCCCAAUGUGCCACAAAUGCAAUUGACUCCGGCGCAAAUGCAGCAGCAAUUGAUGCGACAACAACAACAACAGCAGCAGCAACAUCAAAUGGUUCCUGGUGGUGGUAACAACAUGCAACAGAUGCAGCAAUUACUCCAACAGCAGCAGCAGCAGCAGCAGCAACAACAGCCACAAACUGGAGGCGGUGGCAACAUGAUGACCGCCAGCCAAAUGCAAAUGUCCAGCAUGCACAUGUCACAGACACAACAACAGCAGAUCACCAUGCAACAGCAGCAACAAUUUGUCCAAAGCACCACAACAACAACACAUCAGCAACAGCAGCAGCAGCAGCAACUACUCCAGAUGAGUUCAGCUGGCAACAAUAAUGGAGCCGGCGGCGGUGGAGUUGGAGUAGCCUCGACCACAAUUGCCAGUGCCAGCUCCAUAAGUCAGACCAUCAAUUCGGUGGUGGCCAACUCCAACGAUUUGUGCCUCGAACUUUUGGGCAACAUUCCCGUGGAUGCCAAUUUCUCUACACAAGAUCUAAUCAAUUCGCUGGACACGGACAACUUCAAUCUGCAGGACUUUAAUAUACCGUAGAUCACUAACGAUAACUGAUCAAAAGAUCACUGAUCAAAGAUAACUGAUCCUCACCUGAUUGCAGUCAGUUUUGGGAACACUGUGUAUUAGGCCCUUGGCUGUCUCAGUUUGUUUUAGGUUUCUUUUUUUUUAAGAUUUUGUUGCCUGUUGUUGUUAUUAAGAAAAAAACACUUUACCCCUGCCCCCUGCCCGCCCGCACUCGAAGUUAAUUUGUUUGUUAUUUGUGCGUGAAUUUUUUUGUAUGCAUAAGUUUUAAGUUCGUUUUUCAUUGUACUCUAAAAAAAAAUUUCGAAAUUUUCCUCGGGCUUGUAUUGUAUAUGUAAAUCAUCGCCACUAACUAUAACUACAGAAUUGCGGCAAUAACAAAACUGUUACCAAUGUCAAUCCAAUGGCCAUCUUUAACUUUAAUCUCUAAAAUUAUGGUUUGAAAUUCUAUUUUCGAGCUUUAAUUGAUUCCUUUGUGAGAUGUUUAAUGUUAACUUCCUUCACUUGCUGUCCUUUUAUGACUUUUGCACUCAAUUUUGAAAGCAACAGUAAUCUAAAAAACUUCAUAACGCUUACCAACACUAAAAUGUACGGUAUUAGUUUAGUGUGCAACAGUUUAAAUCAAUUCAACAAUUCCUUAUCAUUACCUAAACAUUGGUAACAGUUCAAUUUGCUUGGCAUCGUCUGUACAUUGUAUUAAUAUAAUCGAUAAACCACUUAAAGCUGUCCACGGUCCAAGCUGGGGCAAUGUCCACGUGGGCGUGGCAGCAUUAAAAGACAUUCCAUUUCGAAUACGCGAAUCAAUUGAGAGACAUUGAGACGGAAAAAGAGAAAAAAUGAAAGUAUUUGCAAGUACUUUAAAUGAGAGAUCUAAUUAAAUUUAUUUACUAAACCAAAAUAGCCAAUCCAACUUAAGCACUUGUACUUAAAGCAAAAAUAUUUGGCCACGCCCAGUGCAUUGCUCGUACCGCCCUCCCCGCCCAAACACAAACCACACAAAAA